CAGGCGCGGUGCGCGGUUGUCCCGGUACGCAGAUCUACCCGGGUUCCGGCAUGCCGGGCCGGCGUCUGGUUGCCGUCUCCCGGUUGUCUGCGCACCAUGGAGUGCCUGCGCUGCCUCCCCCGGCUGCUGCCCCGCGCCGUGCAGUCCCGGCGGGCCCUGUGUGUCGCGCGCCUGAGCCCUGCUGCCUUCUGCGGUCGCGCAACCCCGCUGCUCUCCGGGAACCAGAAGGCGCCGAGCUUGCCGGGCGCUGCAGGUGACGUGCACCGGUCUAGAACCUCCGAUGCCUCUCAAGCCACCUUAGCCAGCGUGGCCCAAGUGUUUGCUGUGACAAAGUUUGACAAAGAAGGAAAUGUUACUUCUUUUGAGAGGAAGAAAACUGAAUUAUACCAUGAGUUAGCACUCCAGGCCAGAGACUUGAGGUUUCAGCACGUGAUGAGCAUCACUACCAGGAACAACAGGAUUAUCAUGAGGAUGGAGUAUUUGAAGGCUGUGAUAACUCCAGAGUAUCUUCUGAUACUAGAUUAUCGGAAUCUAAACCUGGAGCAGUGGCUGUUCCGGGAACUGCCAUCACAGCUGGCUGGAGAAGGUCAGCUCGUCACAUACCCACUGCCGUUUGAGUUCAGAGCUAUUGAAGCACUCCUGCAGUAUUGGAUCAACACCCUUCAGGGAAAACUUAGCAUCCUGCAGCCGCUGAUCCUCGAGACCCUGGAUGCAUUAGUGGACCCCAAGCAUUCUUCUGUCGACAGAAGCAAGCUGCAUGUCCUGCUCCAAAAUGGCAAAAGCCUCUCUGAGUUGGAAACAGACAUUAAAAUUUUCAAAGAGUCGAUUUUGGAGCUUUUGGAUGAGGAAGAGAUGCUGGAAGAACUCUGUCUAACCAAGUGGAGUGACCCACAGGUCUUUGAGAAGAGCAGUUCUGGGAUUGACCAUGCAGAGGAGAUGGAGCUGCUGCUAGAAAACUACUACCGGUUAGCUGAGGACCUUUCCAAUGAGGCUCGGGAGCUUCGGGUCCUGAUUGACGACUCACAGAGCAUCAUCUUCAUCAACCUAGACAGCCAUCGCAAUGUGAUGAUGAGGCUGAAUCUCCAGCUAACCAUGGGCACCUUCUCUCUGUCACUCUUCGGACUAAUGGGAGUUGCUUUUGGCAUGAAUUUGGAAUCUUCCCUUGAAGAGGACCAUCGUAUAUUCUGGCUGAUUACAGGAAUUAUGUUUAUGGGAAGUGGCCUCAUCUGGAGGAGGUUGCUUUCAUUCCUUGGAAGACAGCUGGAAGCUCCUUUGCCCCCUAAGAUGGCCUCCUUACCUAAAAAGACCCUUCUGGCAGAUAGAAGGAUGGAAGUGAAAAACAGCCUCAGGCCGGAAGGACUUGGAGCAAGCCGGACUGUCCUGGCAAGCCGCUAACAUCAGCCUGGCAGACAAAGAUUGUUGUGCUUCUGAAGCUAUUAUCUCUCUCUGAGGGGGAAAAAAAGACAACUGCUGUUUAAAUUAUGUCUGACUAAAAUAGUGUGGCAUUCACAAUACUAAAACAUAGCUGCGUCUUCAGAAUUCUAUGAGACAAAGUGCUUUCUUUGUAAAAAGCCAAAAUCCUAUGUUGGAGAGGACUGCCACAUCCUGAUGGGAGACUGGCCUAUGGUAGGCCAACCUUGAAUACUGUUUUUAUGGACUUUUUAAAGAAUAGAUUAAUUUAUUGUGAGAUAGACUUACCAGGAUUCAGCGAUGUUAUACAUACCAACAAAGGUGCAUCUUUAUGCUGGUGGAGCCCAGAAACUUGGCAGAGCCUCUAAUCCCUGAGCUCAUGGGCUGCAGGUUACCAGUCAGGGAAUCAUGUUCCCAUCGACUUCUGACUGGGGAAUGAAACUGGUGGAUCUGCUAGCCUUGCAAUGAACCCUGGAAUGUAGGUCAUGAUAGAACCUUAUUUUCAGGUAUUUGCUUUCUUUUAUAUAUAAGAUAAAUAAAAAGGAAGUAUAAUUUAAUGUCCAUACAGGGAUUCUGGUUAAUCAAAACUAUUAUUUUUCUUUGAUUGGUUAUAAAUAGAACCUUUGGAAGUAAAGUUGAAAGUGUUUAUUCUCUUAGAACUUUAUAACUGUUUUGAUCAUUGCCUGAUUUAAGAGACUGUCUUCCUCCGAAGAAAAUGUAUACAACCAGCUAAUCUGUUUGCCUAC